AGAUUCUCUGAGCCUUUUAAAAAUAUAUUUAAUUCAGUUUUUUAAAUUAUUUUUAGUAAAAGUUUAAUUAUACUACUUAAUUAUUGGGUACUUACAUUAGGAGCCUUAAAUGUAACCUGAUUAAGUACUUAACACCACCUGCCACAUCACCAUCAACACUUGCACAUAGAAUAAUAUUAACAUAUUUACAAAGUCACUAUAAACAAUAUAAGGAAGAUGUCACAGUUAUCAGAAAUACUGUCGAUACAGAGAAGUCUUGAGGAGAGUUUCAGUCAGAAGAUGGACCAACUCGGAGCUCAAAUUCAGGCUGCAGGCCCUGCCAAGGAAACCGUCGCUAAAAUUGCUGAGGAGUUCCGGGCCUUCAGGGAGCUCAUCUUCAACGUGUUGGGUUUACUCAGGAAGCAGAUAGCCGAGUGUGCGCUGCACAUUGAUGGGUUGGAGAUGAGGCACCGUCGAAAGGCAUUGAUCUUUCAAGGGCUUCCUGAAGAAGAGAAUGAGGACUGCCCUUCCAUGGUCCUUGGUGUCCUCAGCAGCAAAUUGGGUCUAAAGGACAUAGCAGCAGCCAGCAUAAAAGUUGCCCACCGACUUGGCAGUCCUAGUAAGGAUCAUGCACGGCCCAUUCUUGUGAGGUUUGCUUCUUGGGAUGUCAAGUCAACUGUUUGGAAGGCUAAGACUAGGUUGAGAGGCACCAAAGUCUCAGUCAAGGAGUUCCUGACGAAAGCCAGGCAGUCCAUCUUCGCGAAGGCACGGCUGCAUUUCGGUAUGCGUGCUUGUUGGACACAGGAUGGCGUGAUAGUCAUUAAGGCAUCGGAUGGCAGCCGCCACAGGAUUGUGUCGAUGGAUGAGCUAAAGCCUCUCCUGGAGAAGUAUCCUUCAAAAACAAAUGCUGCAUAACUUCUUGAGAGGACCUGGAAACAUAUCUAUUAUUGGUAUGUGACUGACAUUUUAGAAUUAGAAAUGAAUCAUAUUAUUACUAUACUUACUCAUUGUUUAUUUUGAUAUUUUCGUAAUCUAAUGUUUUUAUUUUAUUUAUUUUUCUCUUUGUAAUGUUUUAUCCUUUUUUUUCCUUACCAAAUUUUGUUAAAUUUAUAGUAACUUUGUUAUUUCUAUUUCAAUUUGUUAAUUACCCGCAAAUAGAUUAAGAAUUAAUUAACGUUUGGAUAACUUAACUUCUAUUCUUGGUUACUUUACUUUUCACAAUCGCAGGUAGUAAUUGUCGAAAUGUCAUUGUCAGCUGUCACAUUACAAAAAUGUCAGUCAAUGCACGGAUCGAAUACCAUUCGUCCAGAAAUAGUUUCAUUCUUCUUUUAUUUAUUUUUGUAUCGUUUUUCAUUUCUUAUGGAUGUCAACUACGUUUUAUUUUUGUUUUAUGUUGCUGAUUCUAAUUAUUUAUUGGUGUUAGCUGGCGGGUGGAGGUAAAUUCUGUUGUUGUCUUUGUUUUUAAAAUUGCUAAUUAUUU